AUGGUUGAUUUUAUUCCUCACUCGACUGAAUUGACAAAGUUGGUUGCUACUGAAAUCACAUUAGUUUAUCAUGGAAUACGUCAUGGACAUAGCUAUUUGAGUCAGGCAUGCACUGCUGAUGUCUCAAAGAAAUUGUUUCAAGAUUCAACUGUUGGAAAAAAUCUCACAUGUGGACGAACUAAAGCUCGUGAAAUUGCUGCUAAUGUUUUAGGUGAGUAAUAAUUCUUUUCUAAAACAGAUGUAUACUGACCAAUUAGAGAAGAAGGGUAAAGAUCGUUAGACGAAUAUUUCUUAUUUUUUUACGAUCUUUUUUUUAGCUCCAUUUAUGACUUUUCAAAUUACAGAAAUGAUUAAUAAAUCCGGUUUUUAUUCUUUAUCAUUCGAUGCAUCUAACAAAGGUCACAAGAAAAUGUUUCCAUUCGUUGUAAAUUACUUCACAGUUCGUGGUAUCGAACGAUCAGUGAUUGA